AUGAAAUGGCAGAUUCCGGUCUUGACGUCACCACUUCCUGGCUCUCACUGUUUUUCGAACCGACUUCAGCGAGCGAGGAAAUCUCCGAGGAAGGCCCGAUUUGCCGCCGCUUUUGGCGCCAUUUCUGAACUUUUCCUUCCUCACCGUGCAGUCUGGACUGGCUGUACUGAAGUGACCUUUGACACCCUGUGCUGACAUUCGCCUGCCUUAGUUUUCCCAGCAUGCACAGUGGUAACCAUGGCAACCUACAGCAGACCAAUGUGCCAGAGUACCAGACAGUCCACAAUGACUUUGUAGAACUUCCCAGGUCGGGAACAAAAGAUGCGGAUGUUGACUGGGCGUCACCAUCAGUGUCUACCAAGCCUGGUAAGAGCCGCUCCAGACAUCCGUCCAGCAGGGCCACCAGGCCAGCAGCAGAGGAUGUCCCAUCCAGCAUUCCUACUGCACAUGUGACCCCAACGACCCCUGCGGAAUCCAAGCUUCACAAACGGACCAACCAUGUUGUCUCCCCUGAACCCGACCUGGCAAAGCGCCACGGGAAGGUCGUAGCGGACGCUCCCGAGAACAAGAAACAUUCCAAGGAGGACGGGAAGAGGGUGAUCGAUUUCGACGAGACCUGCAAGGAUUUCAGGAUGCCCAACUUGGAGCACACCAUGAACAUGACGAGCCACUUCACCGUCCUUCCUGCCGAACAAACCUUCAACAAGUCCCGGUUUGAACAGCCGCCGGCUCUCACCAACCACCUGUCAACCGGCAACACCCCCAACCAAUCAAAACACUCCAGCUAUGCAAAUCAGGCUGUUGGUUACCAUAGCAACCAUCAGCAACCAAUGCCUGCCGCCUUCUCUCAACAGCAAAGACUCUACGACCCGAGUAGUUACUCCUUCCCAAGUGCAAAUACCUCGGCCAGGACCAGCUACCUCAGCCUACCCAAUGCCUUAGGGGGUGAUCGCAGCCCUCCCAAUCCAGAAGCUGCUUCAGCAUACAUUCCCACCGGCGCCCCCUAUCAUUCUAGUAGUAACCUGCAGGUGCCUUAUCUGUACGUGCAGCCGGGCGGGUUGCAGUUGUCACCGGAAAGCAAUAUUUCCCCUGUGCACCCAGCCAGUGGUUUCUCCCAGCAUGGGCUUGCACAGGAGAACAUGGCAGGUGUUCCGGGGUUCAAGGCGUCUGACCUGACCCAGUGGCAGCAGGUGCAGCAGCUGCAGCUGAACCAGCACCUGGAGCACCUGGAACAGCAGAAACGGGAGCUGCUACAGCAGCAGCAGGUCUACUCUAGUCAGACAUCUCCCCAGUACCCUCCAUCAGCCAGCAACGGUUUGAACAACGACCCCGGAAGGUGGGACGCUCUGGUCAAGAUCAAGGAUGCUAUCCUCAAGGAGAAGGACAACAUCAUCUACAAGCAGAAGCAGCAGCUGGCGCAGUUCCAGCGGCAGUCCCGCGAGCAGGACAUCCGUCUGCGCACCACGCUCCGACGGACGCCUGGCGAGGAGGAUGUCUUCAACCUCAAACUACAGGUCACUGAUGAAUUUGAGUAUGAGAACGCCUCCUUAAAGGCACAGCUGGCAGAAGCCACAGCUGCAAAAGAUGCUGAAAUCGGAGAGCUCAACAAGAAACUGGGGGAGACUGAGUAUGAGAUGCAGCAGCUGCAGGAGGCUGUCAAACACUCCUCACAGGAGGACAGGCAGGAGGUCACCAAGCUGCAGAGCAAGCUGAAGGAUCGAGACAAGAUGGUGGGAGACCUGAAGAAGAAGACGAAGCACGCAAUGGAGAAAUAUGAGAAGUAUAAGAAGCGUGUGGAGAGUCUGGAGAGAUAUCUGGGAGACCUUCCCACUCAGGAGGAGGCCAAGAAGAGGGCUGACCAACUCCAGACCAGUAAAGAAGAGGUGUCCCAGCUGAGAGAAAGGGUCGUUGACCUAGAGGACAAACUCAGCCUGACCAGGAAGGAUAACAAACUCAAGGAUGCCACAGUGGACAGCCUGGAGCAGAAGGAACAGGAGCUAGUUUCCAUGGUUACCAGCCUGCAGAAGGAGUUAGGGAGAUGGAGGGAUCGAGGGAAGCAGGAGGAGAGAGAUGCAGCCAGCCAGGAGGACGUGGAGGAACUGAAGUUUGAGAACGACAGACUGAGAGAAGACUGCGACAGGGCCAAAAAGCUCCUAGAAAGUAAACACAAGAAGAUGAAGUCCCUGCAGUCCCAGCACCAGUCGGAGCUGGAGAGACUAGAGGAGCGGAUCUCUCAGGAGGAGGGCGUGGUCACGGCGCUCAGGGAGGAGAUACGCGGCAAGGACGAGGCCACGCGGAAACUCAGGGACUCCAUGAAAGAGUUGGCAUCUCAGAACCAGGACUUGUUGGAGCAGACGCUGACCCUGCAGGAGCAGCUACAGGAGCUCCAGCGCCUGAACUCUGCCGAGAACACCAAGCUGUCUCAGCGGCUGUACCGGGAGCUGGGCGUGUGUCAGUCGGAGCUGCAGGCCCUGGUGCAGGUUCUCAUGCAGCGCGCAGAGGGAAAGGAGCCCAACAUGUCCAUACUGCUGGGGCUGAAAGUGUUAGUCUGGGGGAUCGGUGUGUGUCAGUCGGAGCUGCAGGCGCUAGUGCAGGUUCUCAUGCAGCGCGCUGAGGGGAAGGAACCCAACAUGUCCAUACUGCUGGGGCUGAAAGAACCCUCAACCCCACCUGACGAUGAGCAGCAGGGGCAGAACGGGCACAACCUGAAGACGAAGCUGGCACAGAUCCGAGAACUGAGGAAGGAGGUGGAUCAUCUCCGCUCACUCAUCUCCAACAAGUACGCCGAGGACAUGGGCGACAACUGCAUCAUGCAGUAACCUGCCCACCCCUGCUGCAAAAGUAGUAUCUCCCGAUUUCUCCCCUCGCAACAGUGUUAAUAUGUUUGGAAUGGUCCACCUCCAGGACAGAGAGGGGCUCAACUUUGAGGGGAAAAAUUAAAUCACUGUCAUGUUGUAUAACUUUCCUAUUUAUGGUAACCAGAAAUUUGUAAUGUACUUGUUUAUCUUUCGCACAUAUCAUUUUGGUCAACACUGUGAUUCGAAGAGUCCCUGAAGAUCUUGUGUUGAAACCACCCUAGGCCUCUGUCAGAUUAGAUUUACUUGUACUUAGAUAUCAUGCAGGUAGAAUUUGCACACUAAAGGUUUCUUUGUCGUCAGUUUACAAUGUAUUAUCAUGAGAAGAUGCACUGAUAAGUAGGUACGUUACUAUUCUAAAUGGCAGCUAUUAGGAAUGUUGAGUUCAAUGUACAAUUGUACAAUGUUAAUAUGUGUAAAUGUGUACAAUGUAAUGUUUAAUAUACAUUUGUACUACUUGUUAAGACAGCAUUUUGGCACCAAAUUAUACUUAUCACAUUCAUUAUUUAUUAGUCAGUAGGUUAAUGAUUUAAUGUUAAUUUUGGCAGGACCAUACAAGAGUAAUUUGUAAGUUUUGCUAGGGAAUUAAAUGAGGAC